GUGACGUAUAAGAACAGGAAGAGAACGGUGUCAGAAAAGUGACAACAGGAUAAAUAUUUGUGUGGCCGCUUCAAAGAGCUGAAUACAAGGUCAGGAGUCUCGGUGUACCUCAGCUGACCAGCCCACUGAUCAGCAAAAUGAGCAGCAGCGGAACAGUGGAGAGCGGUAAACCUCCGAAGCUUGGCUCAAUCGUAGAGGUGACAGGAAAGGGUCAGCGCGGAACAGUCGCCUACAUCGGCACAACCCUCUUUGCCACCGGGAAAUGGGUGGGCGUCAUACUUGACGAGGCCAAAGGCAAGAACGAUGGCACCGUGCAGGGGAAACGCUACUUCACCUGCGAGGAGAAUCAUGGGAUAUUUGUCAGACAGUCUCAGCUUCAGGUAAUAGAAGAUGCCACCUCGCCGGAUACUCCUGAUUCAGGCACGGCAAAGCUUCCGAGGCAAAAAGAUAUUCCUGAAACUCCCAGAACAACCAAGCAGACACCAUCGAACCUUAAGAAGUCCUCUACCCGCCGCUCUGGAAAGGCGUCGCGUGACAGCCUCUCGGCCGCUCUGCCCGAUGUCAGCGAGGCGGGCCUGCCCUCCCAGCAGGGCGCCCUGGCGGCUCCUGUCGUUCCUCAGCCCAGCGGGUCCCCUGCAGCGCCGGCCGCCUCCGCUCCGGCCACUCCGAGCAAAGCGGAACCUGCCAUUUCCAAGCAGGAGGAAGAAUCCAUGCGAGCCCAAGUCAAGGACCUGGAGGAGAAGCUGGAGACUCUGAAGAUGAAGCGAACCGAGGACAAGGCCAAACUGAAGGAGCUGGAGAAGCACAAGAUCCAGCUGGAGCAGCUGCAGGAGUGGAAGACCAAGAUGCAGGAGCAGCAGGCCGAGCUGCAGAAACAGCUCAAAGAGGCGAAGAAGGAAGCCCGGGAGGCGCACGAGGCCAAGGACCGCUACAUGGAAGAGAUGUCGGACACGGCCGACGCCAUCGAGAUGGCCACCCUGGACAAAGAGAUGGCCGAGGAGCGAGCAGAGUCGCUGCAGGUGGAGGUGGACUCGCUGAAAGAGAAGGUGGAGGAGCUCUCCAUGGAUCUGGAAAUCCUGAGGCACGAGAUCUCAGAGAAAGGCUCAGAUGGAGCAGCGUCGAGUUACCAGGUCAAACAGCUGGAGGAGCAGAACGGCAGACUCAAAGAGGCCCUGGUCAGGAUGCGGGACCUGUCGGCUUCAGAGAAACAGGAACACGUGAAGCUGCAGAAGCAGAUGGAGAAGAAAAACACCGAGCUGGAGACUCUGAGGGCUCAGAAAGAGAAGCUGCAGGAGGAAGUGAAGACCGCCGAGUCGACUAUCGACGAGCUGAAGGAGCAGGUGGACGCUGCUCUGGGGUCGGAGGAGAUGGUGGAGAUGCUGACUGAGAGGAACCUGGACCUGGAGGAGAAAGUCAGGGAGCUGAGAGAAACGGUCACCGAUUUGGAAGCCAUCAAUGAGAUGAACGACGAGCUCCAGGAGAACGCCAGAGAGACGGAGAUGGAGCUGAGGGAGCAGCUGGACCUGAGUGCAGGGAAGGUCCGCGAGGCGGACAAACGAGUGGAAGCCGCUCAGGAGACCGUGGCCGACUACCAGCAGACCAUCAACAAAUACAGAGAGCUCACCUCCUCGCUUCAGGAGGCCAACAGGGAGCUGGUCAGUCAGCAGAGCGCGAGCGCAGAACAGGUCCAGCAGCCACCUGCAGAGCUGUUCGACUUCAAGAUCAAGUUUGCUGAGACCAAGGCGUACGCCAAGGCCAUCGAAAUGGAGCUGAGGAAAAUGGAAGUGGCUCAGUCCAACCGACAGGUCUCCCUCCUCACCUCCUUCAUGCCCGACUCCUUCCUCCGCCACGGAGGAGACCACGACUGCAUUCUGGUGCUCCUGCUCAUUCCCAGGCUCAUCUGCAAGGCUGAGCUGAUCAGCAAACAGGCCCAGGAGAAGUUCGACCUGAACGGGAAUCUGGCUCAGGGAGCAGGUCUGAGAGGAGCUCCGGGGGAACAGCGCAGCUUCGCGGCCGGACUGGUUUACUCCCUCAGCCUGCUGCAGGCCACCCUGCACAAAUACGAACAGGCUCUGAAUAACUGCACCGUAGAAGUGUUCAAGCGGAUGGGUACGCUCUACUCUGAAAUGAGCUUCCACGAGCGCUCUCUGGAUUAUUUCAUCGACUUGCUGCAUAAAGACCAGCUGGAUGAGACUGUUCAGGUGGAGCCACUGACAAAAGCCAUCAAGUACUAUCAGCAACUGUACAGCGUUCACCUGGCGGAUCAGGCUGAGGACUGCACCGUGCAGCUGGCCGACCACAUCAAGUUUACCCAGAGUGCUCUGGACUGUAUGGGCGUGGAGGUGUCUCGCCUGAGGGCCUUCCUGUCCGCCGGUCAGGAGAACUCUGGACUCUCGGCUCUCCUGAAGGACCUGGACACGUCCUGCUCUGACAUCAAGCAGUUCUGUAAGAAGAUCCGCCGCCGUAUGCCCGGAACCGACGUGGCCGGCGUCCCGGCGGCUCUCAGUUUUGGACCGCAGGUGUCGGAGACGCUGACGGAGUGCAGGCGCCAGCUGACCCGCGUGGUCGCCGUGCUCCAGGAAGUGGCCGCGGCCGGCGGUCAGAUGAUCGCUCCCCUGGCGGAGCAGGAGGGUCUCAACGCUCUCAGGCUGGAGGAUAUCGUCUGCAAGGCUGUGGAGCAGGUAUAUGGAACUCAAGGCGUGAACGGCCCCGAGUUCCUGCGGCAGUCCUGCAGCUCCGUCAUCGCCACAAUGAACAAGAUGGCCACUGCCAUGCAGGAGGGAGAGUACGACGCCGAGAAACCACAGGGCAAGACGCCUCCGGUAGAGAUGAGAGCCUCCACCGUCAGGGCGGAGAUGACCGACGCCGAAGGCCUGGGAGCCAAACUGGAGGACAGAGAAACCGUCAUCAAGGAGCUGAAGAAGUCCCUCAAGAUCAAGGGCGAAGAGCUCAGCGAGGCCAACGUCCGCCUCAGCCUUCUGGAGAAGAAGCUCGACACUUCCACCAAGGACGCCGACGAGCGGGUGGAGAAGAUCCAGACCAAGCUGGACGAGAGCCUGGCUCUGCUCAAAAAGAAAGAGAAGGAGUUCGAGGAGACGAUGGACGCUCUGCAGGCCGACAUCGACCAGCUGGAGGCUGAGAAGGCCGAACUGAAGCAGCGCAUCACUAACCAAUCCAAGAUUACGAUUGAAGGACUACGAGGCCAACCCGGCAUGGGGAUCGCUUCUAUUGUUCAGGGAUCUCCAGGAGGUGUGCCUCCGUCCAUGGCGGGACCGCUGCAGGUGGUGGAUUCCCCUCUGCUCCGGCAGCAGGUGGAGGCUCAGCGGCUCGGCAUUAAACACCUCAAGAACGAGAACAACAGGCUGAAGGCAGAGAAGAUAAAAGCUCAGCUGGCCUCCCUGCCGCCGCUCUGCCCUCCCAGGCUUCCACAAGUGCCCAAGGAAAGCUCCAUGCCUCCAGAAGGCCUCAACACGGGCAUCUACCGCCGGACCGACCAGCUCCUGGCGACCCUGCUCAAGCUCAGCGCUGAGGUUAAGGUGGUGGACAUCACCGGGAAGACAGCAGUGAGCGCCAGUGCCCAGCUGCUGGAGCAAACCGCCCGCCUGCAGAGCCUCAGCGACGCUCUGGACAAACUCAAGGGAGAAGUGGCCGAACACGUGGUGUCGUAUCAUCCCGGCGCAAAGGCGACCUCCGACUUCGCCACAUUCCCCGUCUCCUCCUUUGUUAAGGCGAAGGACGAGAAGCAGGGAGGAACAGUGUUCGUGGGACGCGUCGCCAUCCCGUGCACCCGCGGCCAGGAGCAAGUCCACCGCCUCGUGCUGUCCCAGCAGCAGCUGCAGCAAGUGCACCGCCUCCUCAUGGUGUGAGACGCAGCCGCGUCCACCAUCUCAACUCUAACAUUCUUUAUUUAACCAUCUUUGCUUUGCACGUCCCUCAGGAAACAGUUUACACAUGAAUAGCAUUGAAGAGAGCAUCUGUUGGUUUUGUUUCCAUAAGUCCAUGACUGUCACAUUAUGAAGGUAAUGUGUUCCAGAAGUCUGUACCAGUUCUGCCACCUCUGUCUGGAAAUGAGGAACCCCAACAAGUCAUUUCUGUUGUAAUAGUCUCCUCCCCCUCCUUUGUACCUUUUUGUAUUAGUAAUAAUUCUGACAAUAAAAAUAUGCAUCACUUA